AUGACCAGAAGAGCCAAACUGCCUCCUGGUCCUGUACCAUUUCACGUUCUCGGAAAUCUGCCUCAACUAGCACUUCACAUCUGGCAGAAAGGCUCUUUGCUGAGAGCGCUCAGAGAUUAUCAAAAAGAAUAUGGUGAAAUCUUCACUCUGUGGAUGGGCCCUAUGCCAACAGUACAUAUUGCUUCUUUGGAGUUGUCCCAUGAACUCAUGGUUAAGCAAGGAAACAACUAUGCUGAUAGAUGGUCUCCCUACAUGUUCCAGUACAUUAGAAACGGGAGAGGCAUAGGAUUUUCCAAUGGCGACUAUUGGCAAGAUCAGAGACGAUUCACCUUACAAACGCUUAGGAAUUUUGGAGUUGGACGGAAUCUGAUUGAGGAGAGGAUUAUGUUGGAAUUCGAUUUGAGAAGUGCUGAGCUAGAUCAGAAAAUAAAAAACAACAAAAACCAUGUCGAAGAUGCGAAAGAGUUUAUGAAC